GAGAAAACUUUUUUGAAAAUGAUGAUGGCUAGUGCUAAACUGGUGAGGGACUGCAGCUCGGAGUUAAGUUCUGACGUGCGGUCUCUGUCUGUGGCAUCUUCCACGGAGGAGCAGGAAUCCACCACCACCGAAUCGGAAUACACCGAGGAAGAAAAGGAGUAUGAAUUAGAAGACCUCCAGAUAUUGAAAACUAUUGGUACCGGCACGUUCGGUCGCGUGUGCUUGUGUCGUGACAAAGCCGCUGAUGAAUAUCUGGCGAUGAAGAUAUUAUCUAUGGCCGACGUAAUCCGCCUGAAGCAAGUAGACCAUGUCAUGAACGAAAAGAACAUUCUCGCCGAAAUCAACCAUCCCUUCAUAGUGAACCUGCGGUGGUGGACACACGAUGACUCCUGCAUCUACAUGCUCUUCGACUACGUUUGUGGAGGAGAGCUGUUUUCGUACCUAAGAAACGCCGGCAGAUUCAGCAACAGUAUCGGAAACUUCUACGCGUCAGAGAUUGUAUCAGCCCUUGAAUAUCUGCAUGCCAGGAAUAUUGUUUAUCGAGACUUGAAACCAGAAAAUCUACUUCUUGCCAGAGAUGGACAUUUGAAGAUAACUGAUUUUGGUUUCGCGAAGAAAUUGACUGAUAGAACUUGGACACUGUGCGGAACGCCGGAGUAUUUAGCGCCAGAAAUCAUACAGAGCAAAGGACACAACAAAGCCGUCGAUUGGUGGGCCUUGGGAGUACUCAUCUACGAAAUGUUAGUGGGGUACCCACCGUUUUACGAUGACAAUCCAUUCGGUAUCUACGAGAAGAUAUUGAAUGGUCGUGUGGAGUGGCCUCGACACCUGGACCCCGUCGCCAAGGACAUUAUCAAGAAACUGCUUGUACAAGACAGGACGAAGAGGCUGGGCAAUAUGAAGUGCGGAACCGAAGACGUCAAGCGGCACAGAUGGUUCAAACACAUAGAUUGGGCUGACGUCUUCAUGAAGAAGCUUCAGCCUCCCAUAAUCCCGGCCGUGUCGUACGAGGGCGACACCUCCAACUUCGACGAGUACCCCGAGACAGACUGGAAGGCUGUGCGCUCAUUAGACUCCGACGAACUCAAACUAUUCGCCAAUUUUUGAUGGCCCAAACCUGCAUCGUCGGUGGGUUAACUUUUAGGAAAAUAUCGCAACGGAUGUGAGGAGACCAGGCCUAGUAAUAUUUAUGAAACUGCUUCGAAAAGUAUUUUUUCAUAUUAUAUUUAACAUCUUAAGUUAAGUGUAGAUAUCGUUGUUAGUAAAUGAGGCCAAGAGCGGCGUUGUGUUUGCAGAGUCGAUAGGAAACCGUCCGUAUUUGAGUAGAGUAGGG